GGGGGGGGCCGUGCCGUGCCCCACCGGUGGCCCUGCCCAAGGGGACCGGGUGAGACACAGGUGCCGUCCCUCAGCCCCCUCCUCUGGUCACCGCAUCCCCUGUGAGACCUCGAGGACCCGCUUUGGGGGCAGAGCGGGACGUGCAUCAGCAGGGUUGGGGGGCGGCUCCGGGGCUGGCCAGGCAGGCCACGGCACGCCGCACCGAGCCCAGCCCUGCGGUGGCAGCCCCGCUCCCACCGAGCGCAGGCGCCCUCCCGGCUCGGCCGGGGCCGGCCGCGGCCAGCGGCGAGCACCCAGCACCCAUCGCCCUGCCCCGGGGCGGCGAGAGGGCGAGGGCUCGUCCGACGCCUCGACGCUGGGGGCCGGGGGAGGCGAUGCCGGCGGCGAGGAGGGGAUGCCCGCGGCACGGGGCGGCCGUCCUGCCGGCGCUGGGAAUUUCCUCCGGCGGGAGGGGGCCAGGGGAUGCCCCUUGCCCGGUUCCGGGUUGGCGCCCCGCGGCACGGCGCCGGCCGCGAAGGGUUAAUGCCGUGUGUGUUCUGGGAAGCGGGGCUGGGAGGUGCGUGACCCGGGGUGUGGGCGUCGACUCCUUUUGAGGUGGGAUCCUGAGCUCAAGUGCAGCGGGGAGCGGGGCCAAGUUCACACAGCACCCUGCCUUCCCCUCCCUGCCGCUCGCGGGCCGCCGACCCGGCCGCGGCGCAACACCGAGCCACGCCGGGACGCGCGCCAGGUGAGGACGAUGGCCAGCCCGGAGGACGACCUCAUCGGCAUCCCCUUCCCCGAGCACAGCAGCGAGCUGCUGAGCUGCCUGAACGAGCAGCGGCAGCUCGGGCUGCUCUGCGACGUCACCAUCAAGACGCAGGGGCUGGAGUACCGCACCCACCGCGCCGUCCUGGCCGCCUCCAGCCGCUACUUCAAGAAGCUUUUCGCCGGACCGGGGCCGGGGCAGGAGGUCUGCGAGCUGGACUUCGUGGGGCCGGAGGCGUUGGGCGCCUUGCUGGAAUUCGCCUACACGGCCACGCUCACCAUCAGCAGCGCCAACAUGGGCGAGGUGCUGCGGGCCGCCCGGCUGCUGGAGAUCCCCUGCGUGAUCGCCGCCUGCGUGGAGAUCCUGCAGGGCAGCGGGAUAGAGGCGCCCGGCCCCGAUGACGGCGACUGCGAACGCGCCCGCCGUUACCUGGAGGCUUUCGCCGCCCUCCCCGAGGGCGAGGUGCCCGCUCCGCCGCCCCCCCGCCCCGCCGCCCGCCGCAGCAAGAAGACCCGCAAGUUCCUGCAAGCCCGCGGCGCCCGGCUCAACAACCACACUGAGGAGCCGCCUGCCGAGGCCGAGGGCUGCGGCAGCCCCCCGCCGCCCCCCGGGCCGCCCUCGCCGCCCCUGCCCGAGGGGCUGCCCCUGCCCUACGAGAGCUUCGAGCUGCCCGAGGAGGAGGAGCUGCCCCCGCACCCCUUCCCCUUCCCCUACCAGCCCUCCCUGUCCCCUGAGGAGGGCGGCUCCGACGAGGAUGCCAUCGACCCCGACCUGAUGGCGUACCUGAGCUCGCUGCACCACGAGUCGCUGGCGCCCGGGCUGGAUACGCCCGACAAGCUGGUACGCAAGCGCCGCUCGCAGAUGCCCCAGGAGUGCCCUGUCUGCCACAAGGUCAUCCACGGCGCCGGCAAGCUGCCCCGCCACAUGCGCACGCACACGGGCGAGAAGCCCUUCGCCUGCCAGGUCUGCGGGGUCCGCUUCACACGGAACGACAAGCUGAAGAUCCACAUGCGCAAGCACACGGGCGAGCGGCCCUACUCCUGCCAGCACUGCAGCGCCCGCUUCCUGCACAGCUACGACCUGAAGAACCACAUGCACCUGCACACGGGCGCCCGGCCCUACGAGUGCUACCGCUGCCACAAGGCCUUCGCCAAGGACGACCACCUCCAGCGGCACCUCAAGGGCCAGAACUGCCUGGAGGUGCGGACCCGCCGCCGCCGCCGCGACGAGCCGCCCCCGCCGCCCGCCGGACCCCCCGGCCUCGACCUCUCCAACGGGCGCUUGGAGGGGUUGCGCCUCUCCAUCGCCCGUUAUUGGGCUCCGGGACGGCCCGAGGAGGAGGAAGAGGAGGCGGAGGGCGAGGAAGGGCCGCAGCCGGACGGUGCUGUGCCGGUGGAGACGGCAUAGAGCCGCCGCCAUGGCGGGUGCCGUGCCGAGCCGAGCCGUGCCCGCCCGGGGUUUCUGUUCCCGUUUUUCCCGUCACGGUUCGUUCCCAGUUAUGCAAAGGGGGAAACUCCCCCCUGGCCGAUUUGCACAAUGGGGUGGGGGGGGGGGGGGGGUCCCCGCCGUCCCCCCCUCCACCGUGCCCGGGCCCCCCCACCCUCACCGUGUCCGGGUCGUGUCCCACCCCCCAACCCCCCCCCACGCCGUGCCCGGGCGACGGAGCCCCGGCGAGGAUGGGGGGGGAUGGGGGGAAGCGAGACCGGGGUGUCCCCCCAAAACCCCCCUCCGUGGGUGCCCCCCCCAGCGGGACAGGGCCCGGUCCGUGUCCCCCCCCCCUCGCCAAACGGUUGGCGGGGG